AUGCCGCUUGCGUUUGUGAACUCAAGACGGCGGAUGCUUCUUUGCGGGCACUUGGGCGACAUGUUUGAACCGGAGAAGGAACUCCCGAUCCCGGAAGGAGCAGCAACGAUGGUCCGCUACGACUCCCGCAUCUGCGCUGCAGACGGCGAGCAGUAUAAGCUCAUCUUCCUCGAUAACGGCUCCAUGAUCCCGUUGUUUCCAUACGAUCGAUCGCUGCAGAACCCCGUGGUCGCCGUGUUUGGCGAGGGCGAGUUUGUGCUCGUGACUGCUACGCCGCAGGGGUUGGGGCUGGGCGUUUUCAUAUCGCAGAAUGGGGAGCCGGUGAGAGGUACUUUGGAAUGGACGGCGAUUCCUAAAUCAUUAGCAUUCCACUUCCCCUACGUCGCCGCCCUCCUCAACAACAACACAAUCGAGAUCCACAAUGUAAUGACUCAACAACGCGUACAAUCGCUCACUCUCCCCCCCAACGUCGACUCCCGGUUCCUUGCAGAAGCAACCUUCAACCUCGACGUCAACACCACCGGCGGGUCCUCAACAUCGUCAGGCGGCACGAUUCGCAUAUUGAUCGGAUGCAAGAACUGCGUGCUGGCGUUGACGAUGACGCCGCUGGCGAGCCAGGUUGAUCAGCUUUUGGAGCAGAGGGAUGUCGAGCGGGCGUUGGAGUUGGCGGAGCAUAUGAUGCUUGCGCAGCCGGAUGAGAGUGCGUUGCGGAAGAAAACGCAAAUGGAACAUCUCUACCGCCGCGCCGCCCUCCUCCACUUCCAAGAUACCCUCUUCGACGAAGCACUGGGCCUGUUAAAAAAAGGCGCGACGGACCCGGCUUUCUUGACGUCGUGGUUCCCGGACAUUGCCGACCACACCGAGGGGUUGGACGUUGAUAUGAGCGAGAAACAUCCGGAGUACCCUGCUACGAGUGAUGCGAUUGUGAACGCGUAUUUGAGCAAGGAGUAUGCGGACGCUGACCCGGAGACGCUGACCUCUUUCGGAGAGGCGUUGUUUGGGAACGCUCAGAGCAUGCUCGGCGAAUACCUCCGCUACGCGCGAACGAUAUACCCCGUCGAUGAUCCGCGGCAGGAGCACAUCGACAUGACCCUCCUCAAACUGUACAUCAAAACCGACCCCGCUCGCUUAGCCUCAUUCCUCUCGUCACCAACUAGAUGUCGGAUGGCGGAUGCUGAGGCGUUGUUGGAGGCACAGAAGCGAUAUUACGACCUCAGCCUCCUGCAUAAAACCCGAGGGAUGAACGAGAACGUGUUGGAUAUGUGGCAUCGGCUGGCAGUUGGCGAGAUUGAAGACCCGGCCUUUCCGGGCCUCGAGACAGUGUGCGAGUACGUGAAAGCGCUUGAGCACCGAGACAUCGUAAUGAGCGCUGUGGAGUGGGUUUUGCGGUUGGAUAGGGGUUUAGCCAUCGGGAUUCUGGUACAUCAUAUGGACAAGACUAUGUCGAUGGGGGAUAUCGAGGCGUAUUUGAAGGAACGGGAGCCGGAGGCUUAUGUGGAGUUUGUGGAGCGGUUGGUUUUUGGGAGGGAGGAGCAGGACCCCAACCUCCACACAACGCUCGCCCUACUCUACCUCACGACCCUCCAAUCCCUAGCCACCCCCUCCUCCCUCACAUCCCUCGACACCGCCUACCUCUCCCUCCCAACCCGGCCAACCUACCGCUCCUUUCUCCUCUCCCGCCCGUCCGAUCGGCUCUGCGUCGAACGCGCCAAGUUGCUCAACUUCCUCGAUACGUCUGCCCAUAUCGAUUAUGGGGUUGUUGCGGAACGUGUGGAGGCUGUGGAGGGGUUGAAAGCGGAACGCGCGGUUGUGAUGACCAAACAAGGGGGAGAUAAAGAUGCAGAGGCGGUGGUGAAGUUGUGGCUGGAGGUUGGAGAUGAUGUGAGCGCUGAGGCGUGUGCGGUCGCGCAACCGGUCCCAGAGACGCGGGGCAGGUUACUAAGGGUGUUGUUGGAGCAUUGCAUGCGGGAUGAAGGUGGUGACCCGCAACAGCACAUGAAAGCCAUCGGCCUGCUCAACCGACACGCGACCCAUUUCGAUCUCCUCAGUAUUUUACCGGCCCUGCCUACAACAUGGUCACUCCGGCUCCUUGCGCCGCAUUUCAUCGCUUCGGCACUUCGGUCGAGUGUACAUGCCCAUCGAACCAGUGUGAUCACCAAGAACGUUGCCAAAGGAAUGCAUCUGAAGACGCAUGCGGUGUUGUUGGACGAGAGGCAGGCGAGGGUGGCGGUGCAUUUGCCGGAGGGUGGGGUGAGGUGUUGUGUUUGUGAGAAGGGUGUGACGGAUCCGACGGUGUUUGCGAGGUGGGAGGAUGGGAGGGUUACGCAUGUGCAUUGUGUGGGGAGGGGGGAGAGUACGAGGUGA